AUGAUAGAAGAUUACCCAUCAACAUCUGUUACAACAAAGACACGUUGUACAAAUAAACUUCUCAAUGAUUUAGAGGUGUUGCUCUUGCAACAUGGAAAGCACAUCAUAGAGUAUGAUUUUUCGAUUUCAACUGGAGAAUAUGACAAUGAUUUAGCUAUACCAAGACUCAUACAAGAUGAGCUAACUGUUCCUAAUGUAGAUGAAGAACUCACUUUAAUUGAGAAAUUGAAUAACUACCAGAGAGUUGCAUAUGAGACAAUCAUGACUAUUAUUUAUCGUAAGAAAAGCAUGACAUUCUUUGUCAAUGGGCCAAGGGGAAUUGGGAAAAUAUUUUUGUAUUGCACAAUAUUGGCAACCUUGAGAAAAGUCGGUCACAUUGCAAUUGUCACAUCUACAUCUGGCAUAGUAGCAACAUUACUCCCUGGUGGAAGAACAGCGCAUUCCAGGUUUAAGAUUCCUUUAACUCCAGAUGCUUCAUCUACUUGCUCAAUAAGUAAACAAUCAGACUUAGCUGAACUUAUUAGAUGUGCCACCAUAAUUAUUUGGGAUGAAGCCCCAGUGGUAAAUGGACAUGCACUUGAAUCGUUAGAUAGAAUAUUUAAAGAUAUUAUAGAAGUAAAUUUAACUUUUGGUGGGAAGGUGCUAAUUUUGGGGUGA